AACCCAUUUGGUUUCAAACCUUCACUUCACUCUCUUCCAUGGCAGCCGUAUGUUCAAUUUCAGUAGCUCCAACACCCAAACCUCUCAAUACAAACAGACCCCUAAAUUUCUCUCCCAAUUUCCUCAAUCCCAAAUCCUUUCUUCCAUCCAUUCCCUCUCUUCGCUCCGCCGCCGCCGCAGCCGCAGAUGGUCGGAAAACAAGCGAAGAUUCAAACGGCGUCGACGCUCUCCGCCGGUUUAUCGAUCUCAAUCUCGGCAACUGGACCGGUUCUUUUCACCAAUUUGAUCCUGAUGGGAAUUUGAUGCAUAAAGUUAGUACGAAGCUUGCCGCGAGCUCUUAUGGUGAAGAUGAACUUAUGAGUUUGAUUCAAACGUUAUACAUCAAACAACCCCCAUCAAGCACUUCAAUCUCAGGAAAUGCAGAUGAGGUGGAAUGGGCAGAGUACAAAAUCAAGGAAACCAACAUAUUUACUGUUGACAAAUAUCAACAAAUUGGCCUUUUCCCCAAUGAAAAGGCCUUUGCACUGCGGUAUCAGACAGCUGGCAUGUUAGAAACUGUACUAAGACAAGGUGUGAUGGGUGAAGAUGACGAUGGAGAAGAAUCACCCAAAAACCUGAAGCUUCCCUCUCGUUGGCCUUCCAUUGUGUGUGAGAAUUGCCUUUAUUCGCUUGAGAAAGAUAUGCGGGCAAGAGCAUUCCAUAUCAUGGACCCGAAAGGCAUUAUAGAAAUGCUUCUUAUUUUCCUUGAAGAAAGGGGUGGUGGGGUGCUUAUUCCUCCAUCCUUCGAUGAUUCUAAGGACAACACAAACAGGAUAUUGCCAUAUCUUGGCAUGUGGAAAGGUCAUUCUAUAACAAAGCGCAGUGGUGUUUAUGGAUCAACAAUUACUGAAGCUGAUACAAUUGCUGUGCUCGAAAUUGACGAUGACGGUUGGAUAAUCCAGGAUAUCACUUCUACAUCCAGUGGAGGCAAUGUUACUACGAACGUACAUUGGACUGGUACCAUGUCCAACAACUUGAUCAAUUUCGAUGGCGGCUUUCAGGUGACAUUAUUGCCUGGGGGCAUGUACAUGGGAUGCCCUUCUAAUGUGGCGAAGAGUGUGGCAGAUUCCAAGUCAUUCCAUUUGGAGUUCUGUUGGCUCAAGUCACCUGGCAAGAGACAGAGGCUGGUUCGCACUUACGAUAUUGAGGGCUUGGCAGUCUCUUCUACUUACUCUUUGGAGAACAAACUGUUGAUGUAACUUGUGGCUGCUUUGAAUGGGUUGAUCCACCCAUGUGCUAAUGUGGGAGGGAGGUGUUGCCAAGGAUGGUUGCAAAGAUGAACAGAUUGGAGAAGGAACUAGCAAGAAGUCGUAGAAGAAAGAAAAUGUUUUGCAAAGCUCUGUUUGGGACAUAGGUUUUUUUCUUUAUCAUGACAAUGUUCUGGGUGAAGUUUGCUGGAGUAAAGAAAAAUUGGUUGUUAUUGGGCCAUAGAGUUUGAGAGAUGAAAAAUAUAGUCAAGGUAGAAAAUGAAGGUGUACAAUGGUUUGUGAAGCAAUUGUAAUGAAAAAUGAAAGUGUAAAAUGAAGGAAUGUUUUGGUCAAGAAA